AUGGCGGAUAACGAGGCUCCUCCACCUGGCUCCUGGGUUCCUCCUCAAUCAUGGGAUGUUCAGUUUUUGGACAAAGGCAAGCAUGAAGCCGAGGAUGAGUACUACUCUUCUUUAGGAAGCAGGAAUGCGGGGCCUGGAGGUAAAGGAACCGUGGGCGGUGGAAGACCAUUAGAAUUUGCUAGGCCAAGUAAGGGCAAGCUUGACGAAGAUGAUGACGAGGUCAACUUACCAAUGGUCCAUAUGGGUGUCGGAGGUUUGAGUGGCAUCGAUGAGCAUGGGCGACGCAUUGAACGCUGUUCUGGCACUACUUCCACUUACAAUUUCCAACAAUAUUCUCCGUCUAUGACUAGUUCCAUCACCUCUUUAAGCUCCUAUCCCAAUAUAAAUGGUGGUGGCAGGAAGGAAUCAAACUAUAGUCAUGUAGUCAUGGGAAGGUGGCUAAAACUUAUACCUCAUCCUCGGAAGGAUAGUAAAGGCAACGCUCGUAGUGAGACUCACUACAUCUACAGUGAUAACCUGGACACCACUUGGUUGGGAUCAAAACGUGAAUAUCAACCUCAGCCUUGGCUCUUUGAACUCGUCUGUCUACCCAACGACGACCAUCCCAUCCUCCUUACGUCUGUUCAACCCAGCAACAACUUCACCCCUAUACUUAAGUCACAAGAAUUUCAGAGUGUUCAAAGCCAACCUUCCCAAGCUGAGUUUUCUGAAUCUCCCUGUGGAUUCGAAUUUGCUGAGUUUUCUGAACCUCCCUGUGGAUUCGAAUUUGCUGAGUUUUCUGAAUCUCCCUCUCGAUUCAAAAUUCAAAUCCACAGGGCGAACAAUACUUAUCACGUCGUCCCGUGUGGGUUCAACAUCACUGUUGCCCAGCUGACACCCAAGUUGAACACCAAAUUACUGUUAGGAGAGGAAUGGGAGACCCAUGUUAUAUUUGAAAGAGCAAGGACGAGGUGGUUUUUUUUCAAUCCUCAUGUUUCAUCGAGUAUUGACCAUAACUCUAUCUUCGUUCAAAAAGAGCAUAUCCUUUUACAAAUCUGA